AUGGGAUCUCAUGUAGUUUGUAAGCAGGCACAGAAACCACACGCGGUUUGCGUGCCUUACCCGGCUCAAGGCCACAUCAAUCCGAUGCUAAAAGUGGCUAAACUCCUCCACGCUAGAGGCUUCCAUGUUACCUUCGUCAACACCAUCUACAACCACAACCGUCUCCUCCGGUCCCGUGGCCCCAACGCCCUAGACGGGCUUCCUUCCUUCCGGUUCGAGUCCAUCCCUGACGGUCUACCGGAGACAGACGCGGACGCCACGCAGGACAUCACUUCCCUCUGCGAGUCCACCAUGAAGCACUGUCUGACUCCGUUUCAAGACCUUCUCCAGCGGCUCAACGCCGGAGAUAAUAAUGUCCCCCCGGUGAGCUGCAUCGUAUCCGACGGUAUUAUGACUUUCACUCUUGAUGCUGCAGAGAAGCUUGGUGUCCCAGAUGUUCUUUUUUGGACCACUAGUGUUUGUAGCGUCAUGGCUUUUCUACACUUCUAUCUCUUCGCCGAAAAGGGUUUAUGUCCAUUCAAAGAUGAGAGUUGCUUGACGAAGGAGUACUUGGACAACACGGUAAUAGAUUGGAUACCGUCCAUGAAGAAUCUAAGAUUAAAAGACAUUCCUACUUUCAUCCGUACCACUAAUCCUGAUGACACUAUGUUGAAUUUCGCCAUCCGCGAGACGGAACGAGCCAAACGUGCUUCUGCUAUCAUUUUCAACACGUUCGAUGCACUCGAGCAUGAUGUCAUCCGGUCUAUGCAAUCCAUUCUACCUCCGGUUUAUUCAAUUGGACCGCUUCAUCUUUUAACGAACCGAGAGAUUGAAGAAAGUGGUGAUCUUGGAAGGAUGGGGUCGAAUUUAUGGAAAGAGGAGACGGAAUGUUUGAGUUGGCUCGACGCUAAGGCUCUAAACAGUGUUGUUUACGUCAACUUCGGAAGCAUAACGGUUAUGACUUCAGAGCAGCUUGUGGAGUUUGCAUGGGGUUUGGCGGGAAGUGGGAAAGAGUUUUUAUGGGUGAUCCGGCCGGAUUUAGUGGCCGGAGAGGAAGCGGUGGUUCCGGCUGAGUUUUUAAAGGAAACGGAAAACCGGAGGAUGCUGUCGAAUUGGUGUCCUCAAGAGAAAGUCCUUUCUCAUCCGGCGGUUGGAGGUUUCUUGACGCACAAUGGAUGGAAUUCGACGUUGGAGAGUCUGUCGUGUGGUGUUCCGAUGGUGUCUUGGCCUUUCUUUGCGGACCAGCAAACUAAUUGUAAGUUUUGUUGUGAUGAAUGGGAGGUGGGGAAGGAGAUAGGCGGAGAUGUGAAGAGGGAGGAGAUUGAGACGGUGAUUAGAGAGCUGAUGGAUGGAGAGAGUGGGAAAAAAAUGAGAGCCAAGGCGGAGGAGUGGAGGAGGUUGGCGGAGGAAGCGACGGAGAGUAAACGUGGCUCCUCGGUUGUGAAUUUUGAGACGGUUGUUAACAAGUUUCUGUUGGGACAGAGAUCGGAGGAUUGA